CUGUUCUUAGUUAGAUGUGGUGUUUGGAAGAAAAUAAAAAAGAAAAAAAGAGGAGAAUUCCUACCACAUGCGUUUGAAACGCUGAAUUGAAUUAAUUGCCUAAAAAGACAAUCAAUCUAAGACUUGGUUUGGUGGGAUCUAGGUUAGUUUACCUUCUCCUCUUCGAUCUGGGACUUCUCUUUUCUCCCCCAACACCGACACAACACCUACAUCUGCAAUUCAAGCAUGUUCCUCUUCGACUGGUUCUAUGGCAUUCUAGCUUCCCUCGGCCUUUGGCAGAAAGAAGCCAAGAUUCUCUUCCUCGGUCUCGAUAAUGCCGGAAAGACUACCCUCCUUCACAUGCUCAAAGACGAGAGAUUAGUUCAGCACCAGCCGACCCAGCACCCCACUUCGGAGGAAUUGAGCAUUGGAAAGAUCAAGUUUAAGGCUUUUGAUUUGGGGGGUCAUCAAGUUGCCCGUAGAGUCUGGAAAGACUACUAUGCCAAGGUCAAUAAUGUCUUCAAUCAUUUUGGGUUAUCAAUUUUGGAUUCUUUUCCUUUUCAAUGAUAAAUUCUUGUAAUA